UGUACCUUGAACUUUCGAGAUUUGUUGCCUUGUUUAAAUUGUAUUUUUAUCAUUUGUUUUUAAAAAAGUUAUUAUAAUUUUAUUAAAAAAUGAAUUUGGUAAACUUUAAUAUUACAAAAAAUAUUUGUCGUAGCUUAGUUUCAGUAACACGAUUCAAAAUUACCAGAGGAUUAUCUUCCAAGAUGAUACCCACUUCCACAAAUGAUGAUGUGGAUCAUUUAAAAAACAUUCGUGUAACAAUUCCAAAACCUUACGUUUUUCAUGUCGAAUUGCAUCGUCCUAAUAAGUUAAAUGCAUUCAAUAAGGAAAUGUGGAUGGAAAUUAAACAUUGCUUCGACUCUCUUAGCAUAAAUCCUGAUUGUAGAGUAAUUGUUUUAUCAGCUGCAGGAAAAAUAUUCAGUGCUGGAAUAGAUUUAAGUAGCAUGAUGGUAAUAGCUCAAGAACUAGCCGAAGUGGACGAUGUUGCCCGAAAAGGAAUUCUGAUGAGCAGAAUUGUUAAGACGUAUCAGGAUGUAAUAAGCUCAUUAGAAACAUGUUCAAAACCCGUAAUAGCAGCGAUUCAUUCAGCUUGUGUUGGGGCCGGAAUUAAUUUGGUUAGUGCCGCAGAUAUCCGCUACUGCACACAAGAUGCUUGGUUCCAAAUAAAAGAAGUUGAAAUUGGUAUGGCGGCCGAUAUUGGUGUAUUGCAGAGACUGCCCAAAGCAGUUGGUAGUCAGAGUUUAGUUCGAGAACUUUGUUAUACUGGAAGAAAAUUUUUCAGCAAAGAAGCUUAUGAAUCUGGUAUGGUGUCAAAAGUUUAUGAUACAAAAGAUAAACUACUGGAAGGUGCCAUAUCAAUGGCAGAAUUGAUUGCAGAAAAAAGCCCAGUAGCGGUUCAAGCUACAAAAAAGAAUUUGGUUUAUUCUUUAGAGCAUACAAAUCAGGAGGGGCUAGAUCAAAUUAGAGAAAUAAACAGUUUACAAUUGUUAAGUGAGGAUUUUUUGGAAGCGACAACAGCCCAACUCACCAAAUCCGACAAGCCAACUUUUUCGAAAUUAUAAAACUAUAAUGACAAUAAUGUGUUUGUAUUUUUUAUAUGAAUGUUAUGAGAACAUUAUUACUUUUGCCAAUGUUGCUUUUUAUAUAUUACUUAAUACAUAAUUUUUUACAUACUA